AUGCGCUCUUAUUUGUUCCGUACUACGUCUAAGAUUGUCACGUUAGCACGUUCAGGUAGAAUCUCCCAUGCUCGCAAACUGUUCGAUGAAAUGCAUCACAGAGACUCUGUUGCUUGGAACGCCAUGCUAACUGCCUAUUCCCACCUAGGACUUUAUCAACAAAGUCUUGGUCUCUUUGUUAGCAUGAGAAUCUCCCAUUGCGAACCUGAUAACUUCUCCUACUCUGCAACCUUAAAAGCAUGCGCAGGUGCAUCAAAUUUUCGUUUUGGAACCAGAAUUCAUGCUUUGGUUGUUGUUUCAGGGUACCAGUCUUCUCUUCCCGUCGCUAACUCACUUAUUGAUAUGUAUGGCAAGUGCUUGAAUCCUGAUGAUGCAAGAAAAGUGUUUAAUGAGAUGAUUGAUAGUAAUGAAGUGACUUGGUGUUCGCUUCUGUUUGCUUAUGCAAACUCUUGUCGGUUUGGCAUGGCUCUUGAGUUGUUUCGUAAUAUGCCUGAAAGGGUUGAAAUUGCUUGGAAUAUAAUGAUUGCAGGUCAUGCUCGUUGUGGUGAAGUUGAAGCAUGCUUGCGUUUGUUUAAAGAGAUGUGUAAGAGUUUGUAUCAGCCAGACCAAUGGACUUUCAGUGCUCUCAUCAAUGCUUGCGCCGAGUCAAUGGAAGUGUUAUACGGAUGCAUGGUGCAUGGUUUUGUGUUUAAAUCUGGUUGGAUCUCUGCUGUGGAGGUAAAGAACUCGAUUUUAAGCUUUUAUGCUAAAUUAGAAUGUCACAGUGAUGCUAUGAAGGUAUUUGACUCCUUUGGCGCUUUUAAUCAAGUGUCUUGGAAUGCCAUCAUUGAUGCUCAUAUGAAAUUGGGAGAUACCCAGAAAGCUUUUCUUGCUUUCCAACAGGCCCCUGAGAAGAAUAUCGUUUCUUGGACUUCUAUGAUUGCAGGGUAUACGAGAAAUGGGAAUGGAGAGCUAGCUCUAAGUAUGUUUUUAGACAUGACAAGAAACUCUGUCCAGCUUGAUGAUUUAGUAGCUGGAGCAGUCCUUCAUGCUUGUGCUAGCUUAGCAGUACUAGUUUAUGGAAAAAUGGUCCAUAGUUGCAUAAUUCGUCAAGGUUUAGACAAAUAUUUAUAUGUCGGCAAUAGCUUGGUUAAUAUGUAUGCUAAAUGUGGGGAUAUAGAGUGUUCAAGGCUUGCAUUUCAAGGCAUUCUUGCGAAGGACCUGGUUUCUUGGAAUUCAAUGUUGUUUGCAUUUGGCCUGCACGGGCGGGCUAACGAAGCUAUAUGCCUGUACAGAGAAAUGGUGUCAUCUAGUGUAAAACCUGAUGAAGUAACCUUCACUGGUUUGCUAAUGACUUGCAGCCACUUGGGGCUUAUAGAUGAGGGCUUUGCAUUCUUUCAAUCAAUGAGUUUGGAAUUUGGACUUCCCCAUGGAAUGGAUCAUGUGGCAUGCAUGGUGGAUAUGCUUGGUCGAGGUGGGUACGUGGCAGAAGCAAGAAGUUUAGCUAAGAAGUAUUCAAAGACAAGCAGUGCUAGGACCAAUUCAUGCGAGGUUCUACUCGGAGCAUGUUAUACACAUGGAGAUUUAGGAACUGGGAGCUCUGUGGGAGAAUAUCUAAAGAACUUAGAGCCUGAAAAAGAGGUUGGUUAUGUAUUGUUGUCAAAUCUGUAUUGUGCUAGUGGGCAAUGGAAGGAAGCAGAGAUAGUUCGGAAGGCUAUGCUGGACCAAGGGGUGAAGAAAGUGCCUGGUAGUAGUUGGAUUGAGAUAAGAAACUCGGUGACCUCUUUUGUAUCCGGAAACAAUUCAUAUCCUUACAUGGCUGAUCUAUCUAAGAUACUUUACUUCCUUGAAUUAGAAAUGAGACACACAUGACUUAUCGAUUUUGAUAUUGAAGGAU